AUUCAAACUUUUCAAGAUUACUAAUAUUUUGGAGAGAGAAAUGAGUUUCCGCGUACAGAGAUGAGAUGAAAUACUGUUUGUUUAAUGGACAAAAAAAUUAAAGAAAUGAAUCAACAAAAAGAGAAUGAAGAGGAAAAAAGCAAGAUUUGAUUCACAUUUUUCCCUUUUUCUUUUUUCUUUUAAUUCUUUCUUGAUGGAGAACGAACUCAAAACACACAAACGCUCACUUUUGACACAUAAGCCCAUACAUAUAUAUAAAUAUAUAUAUUCAUACUUUAUAUUUGACAAAUUAAAUUCACACCUUAUUUUCACACCAUAGACCAUAUACUCUCCUUGUUGAAUUUUUUUCUACAUAUAAAACCUUUCUUCUCUCUCCCCAAAUUUUUUUCCUCUCCAUUUUCUUAAUCAAAGCUAUCUCUCAAAUUCAACCAAAGUCCAAACACAUACAUAUAUGCUUCUUCUUUUUUAAUAAUAAUAAUAAUAAAUCUAGGGUUAUUAUUAUAUGGAUCCUCAUCUUCAUCACCAUCAUCAUCAACAUCAUCAGCAACAACCACAACAUCAGUUUAGUCAUCAUCAAAGUGUGAAUAUCGAUACAACUGGUGGAGGGGUUAAUAUCGGUGGUGGCGCAGAUAGGUUCCCUCAAUGGAGUAUCCAAGAAACAAGGGAUUUCUUGAUGAUUCGAGCCGAGCUGGACCAAACUUUUAUGGAGACAAAAAGGAACAAGCUUCUAUGGGAAGUCAUAGCUACAAAGAUGAAAGAAAAAGGUUACAAUCGCAGCCCUGAACAGUGUAAAUGCAAGUGGAAAAAUCUUGUUACGCGCUAUAAGGGAUGUGAAACGCUGGAGCCUGAAGCUCUACGUCAACAGUUUCCAUUUUACAACGAGUUGCAAGCGAUUUUUGCGGCUAGGAUGCAGAGAAUGCUAUGGAUAGAGGCAGAAGGUGGUGGAGGAGGAGGGGCGAGCGGGUCAAAGAAGAAGGCUAUUUCUUCUGAUGAAGAGGAAGAAAAUGAGGAUAGUGAAGGUGAAAAAGUUGGCAAGAAGAAAAGAAAAAUUAAGGGAAAUAUUUUUGGUUGUUCUAGUGGUGGUAGUGGUAAUAAUUUAGUGAGUAGUUUUAAGGAGAUUUUUGAUGAUUUCAUGAAGCAACAAAUGGCAAUGGAAAUGCAAUGGUUAAAAGCUUUUGAAGCAAAGGAAGAAGAGAGAAGAAUAAAGGAAAUGGAAUGGAGGCAAACAAUGGAGGCUUUAGAAAAUGAGAGGCUAAUGAUGGAAAGAAGAUGGAGAGAAAGGGAAGACCAAAGAAGGGUGAGAGAAGAAGCUAGAGCUGAGAAGAAGGAUGCACUUAUCACAGCUCUUCUGAACAAGCUCAGAAGAGAAGAUCACAACAUGUAACUUAUAAUACGGUCAGACCCCUCUAAAACAAUCAUCAUAGAUAACAACAUUUCACUAUAACGCUCAACGCUCGAGUUAUCUUUGAAACUGUUCUUUCAUGUUAUGUUAUAUCAUAUGUUUCAAACGUGGUUAUAGAGGUUGACUCUAUUUUGGACUUUAAGGAUAUAAAGGAAGUGGAAUAUUAGCUAACUAGCUGAUUAGACUAACUGUUUUUCUUGAUUAAAUUUUGUCUACUGAUCAUGCUAUUGGGGAUGUUUAAAAGAAGACGAAGAAAGGACAAAGAAAACCUUUGAUAAGAGGUUUGUCUUGAAGCUCUUUCUUGUAGUGAAAGACAAAGUAAGUUUAUCUAUCUCCAUGCAUUUCAUGUCUCUUCUUUUCUUUAAUUUGCAAGUUAUAAGAUUUCUCAUUAUCUUUAUCUUUA